AUGACAUUUUUGAGUGUCCCGCUAAAAUUGUCUACUGAAGUUGACAUUAUAACACCACUAAAAAAGUUCAUAACUGGAAAGUUUGGGGAUGCUGUUGCUACACAAUGUGUUGAAUCCCUAAAAAAGCUCAGUGUGUUUCGCCACGAUGCCUGCUUUGGACAUGGUGAUGAUCUAGGCAGUCGAAUUCAGUCACUUGCGUUAUAUCAUAAUGUAUUAUGGAGUUUAGAAAAGCGACUAAAUACAUCAGAAGAUCUAGGUAUCCAUUGGACCUGGAGUGAUAUAUGGCACAAAAAUUAUUCAAAACACUACUCCUUCAACUUCGAGCAAGUAAAUAUAAUCUUUUGCUAUGCUGCUGCUCAUUCCAAUUUGGCUAAAACAUACGAUUUAAACUGUGAAAAUUCGUUAAUGAAGGCUAUCUCAAGCUACAAGGUAGCAGCUGAGGCAUUCGAUUAUCUUGCAUCACAUACGGAGCAAUCUUCCAAUGAUAUGACUCAAGAGGUACUAUCUGUAUUCAGCGAUGUUAUGAUUGCACAAGCGAAUGAAUGCAACUUUCUUCGACUUCGAAACGAUGAACCUGAAUAUCGACGUAUUGUUAACCACAUUAAUAAAUUAUAUAAAAAGUGUUUGGAUUCAUUUUCCAUAAUAUCCAGUUGUCUUCAAGAUGAAGAUAUCAUUAAAUCUGUACCAGAGGACUGGUAUCGUGUUAUUAAAACUAAACAAAAUUAUUACAGCAUUCUGGCUACCACUUAUUUAGGUGAAGAGAAGCUAAGGCGUAAAAAGGACACCAAGGAAUCUAGCACACUCUUGGUCUCUAAAUUCACACGCAGUCUUUCUUCUCGUCGUUGGUCUGAAACAUUUCAAACUGUUAAUGAGAGUGAAAUAGUUAGUGAAUCACAACCUGCUUCUGUCUUAACAAACGAUAUUAUAACAAAAGAAAUGUUUCAAAUACCCUUACUUCCUUGUGAUUCAGGAGAUAUUUUUGAAAUGUUGGUCCCAUUUCCGGUCCUUGAAGCCCUUAUUAUAGCAAAUGAUACUCGGACUGCAAUCAUCAAUUCAGAAUUUGCUAAAUUGAAAAAUGCUGAUACGGUUCUUGAAAGUGAAAUGAAUCAACACAAUUUUCCACGUUCAUUGGAACUCAGUGUAUUUCAACUGAUUUGUGAACCAUUAUUAAAAGAAUCUGUCAAGGUUCAUCAAUCUGGUGGAGUAGAUAGUUUGAGACGUAAAGUUCACUCACUGAAGCCAUUAGCUGGAGAACGAUUCAAAACUCUUGGAGAGAUAGAAGAAAUGCUACGUAAAGAGGAGAGCAAUGAUAUUGCUUUCAGAACUGGUUAUACCAAUAUUUUGUCUCGUGAACCAUCGGAGAAACUGAAUUCAUGUUUUCGUGAAAAAGUUGACAAAAUACGCUUGUCUGUUCAACUGGUUUCUGAAAAAGAUUAUGAUGUAAUAGCAUUAUUUAAACAACAUGAAAUAAAUUUUCAAACAUUAGAUAUGUCUAAUAAUGAACUAUUAGUAUAUAUUCAAUCAAAUUUUGAACCUAAAGAAAUUGAAAUAAUAGAAGAUAUUGAAAAUUUACGUAAAGAUUUAAUACGUCUAUGGGAUGAACUUAUUAUAAAUAAACAUCAACGUAAUGAUGUUAUAAAAAUGUGGGAUUUAGUUUGUUUACCACCAAAUUUUGUUCAUACUCUAACAAAAUGGUAUCGUAGCCAAGGUGAAAUAAAUCAUAACGAAGUAACAUCUAAGACAUUUCGUGAUAAAGUUGACGCUGCACGAAUAUGUGUCAAUCAAAAUUUGGAUGAACAACGAAAUUUAUUAUCUCAACUACGAAUUAAAUGUGAACCAUAUUUUAAUCAAAUUCUUAAAUAUCGACAGCAUAGUGUAAUAGCGAAUUUACAAGAAGCUUGUAAAUUAUUUUUAAGUAUACGUAAAGAUGUUGAGAAAAGUUUACAUUGGCAUUCAGAAUUUGAAAAAAUUUGCAAUGAAGAACUACAGUUGGUAAAUGAUUUCUGUUUGGCUCGUAGUGACGAAAUUAAUCAAAUUAUAUCAGAAAAUGAACAAUGGGAAUCUGUAACCCAUGAUUCAGUAUCAAAAGAUUGUGAGUUAAUUUCACUGUCUUUAGAAAAAGCUCUUUAA